AUGGCAGCACGGCGAGGAAAGGGGACAGACAAGAUAAGUACGUUCAAGCGUGAAGGUGAAAAAUUAUUACGGUUGCGACAGCAGAUAUCCGAUUGUGGUUUCGACAAGUACCCAGAAGAAGUGAAGACAACCUUGGUGGAGAUAUUCUUAAUCGAUGCCGUUAUCGAAGGCUGUCUAUCACAGGAACUGUGGCGUAGAAUACUGCAACAGGAUCGCUCCUUCUCGGAAGUUGAGGCUUUAGGCGUCACACUGGAAGGGAUAGAAAACCAGGUGAAAAGUUUCGGCGGAAAGAUAGACCAAGCGGACGUGAAGCAACAGGUUCUCAGAGUGAAAGAUGAACCUGUUCCGAGUUUCCACAAAAAUUUUCAAAAUCCAAUUGGAGUUAAGCGUAAAUUCGAGAAUAAAAGUGGAUACAGCUGCUACAACUGUGGACGUCGGGAUCAUAUUUCAACAUCUGAAAAAUGUCCAGCAAAAGGCAAGGUGUGUCAUGCCUGUAAGCGAGUAGGACAUUUUGAGUCAUCGUGUCGCUCCAGAAAUUCUAAUAAGAAGAUACCCCUUACAACAAAACAAGUACGUGACUCUGGCUCUGAUGUGAAUUUAAUUCCUGAUAACGUGUGGGAGCAGCUGAAGCAGUCAAACGUAGCUGUUUAUCGAUGUGUCAAAGGAAGCGAAAAAGUUCUUAAAGGAUAUGGUAAUGACAACCCCUUAACAAUUCUCGGUUCUUUUGUGACGGAUGUCAAAGUUGGCAAAAAAUCAGUUCGCGCUGAAUUUUUCGUAAUCAAAGGGGGCCAACGCAGUAUUUUGGGAGAUGAAACAUCGAAGGAGCUAGGUAUUUUGCUAGUUGGAUUGCACAUCAAUCGUAUAGCUUCCGAAGCUGAAUCGUUUCCUAAGAUCAAGGAUGUCCAGGUGCAGAUCCACACAGACCCAGAAAUCAAACCCGUGUUCCAGCCGAUUAGGCGCAUUCCAAUUCCCUUAGAAGCUGCGGUAGACCAGAAACUAAAUCAUCUAUUGGCGAAGGACAUAAUUGAAGUAAAACAAGGCCCUGCUUCUUGGGUUUCACCACUUGUAGUGGUUGGAAAAAGUAACGGAGAACCAAGGGUUUGCCUUGACCUACGACGAGUCAACAAAGCUGUGCUGCGAGAGCGCCAUCCGAUGCCUGUCGUUGAUGAGUACCUGGCCAGGCUUGGCAAAGGCAAACUUUGGAGCAAGUUAGAUAUUAAAGACGCUUUCUUGCAGGUUGAAUUAGCUCCGGAAUCAAGAGAUAUCACAACGUUUAUUACUAACAAAGGACUUUUCUGUUUUAAACGGCUUCCUUUUGGAUUAGUUAUAGCCCCUGAACUGUUCCAAAAGGUCAUGGAUCAAAUAUUAGUUGGGUGUGCAGGUACCUACUGGUAUCUUGACGAUGUAAUUGUGGAAGGAAGGAACCAAAAAGGGCAUGAUGAACGCUUAGAGGAGGUGCUACGACGUUUGAAGGACAGAUCUGUGGAAUUAAACUGGGAGAAGUGUGUUUUUCGGGUGGAUAAGGUUGAAUUUCUGGGACACACAAUUUCUGCUCUUGGUAUCGCACCAUCUAUUUCCAAAGUUGAAGCGAUUUUGUCAUUUCGUCAACCAGAAAGUGAAUCAGAAGUUCGAAGUUUCCUGGGUUUGGCGAACUAUUUAAACAAAUUUCUACCUAAUCUGGCCACACUAGACGAACCUUUGCGAAAACUUACGAGAAAGGAUUCAACCUUUCUUUGGACGAAUGAACAGCAAGUGUCUUUCGAGCGUAUUAAAGCUUCAAUGGCUAAUGUCCAAAACUUGGGAUUCUUUAAUGAAAUGGACCGUACAGCAAUAAUGACUGACGCAAGUCCAACAGGUCUCGGAGCAUUAUUACUACAAACCGAUAUGUCAGGGUGCAGUAGAAUUGUCCACUGUGCAUCCAAAUCGCUAACGGACACAGAGAAAAAAUACUGCCAAACCGAAAAGGAGGCUCUGGCAAUCGUUUGGGCGGUGGAACGUUUCUACACAUAUCUUUAUGGAAGUGAAUUCGACAUUCUCACCGAUUGUAAGGCAUUGGAGUAUUUGUUUACCGUUCGUUCCAGGCCUUGUGCCAGAAUUGAGCGGUGGGUUUUGAGAAUCCAGACAUUUGACUAUGAAAUAAUCUACAUACCGGGUGAGAAGAAUGUAGCGGAUGUUUUGUCACGACUGAGCACCCUUAAAUCAGUUCCUUUUGACCCUUCUGAGGAAAUCACUAUUAAACAAGUAGCGAUAGACGCUGCUACAACCGCUGCAUUGGAUUGGAAAGAAAUUGUCAGAGCAUCCCGCGAUGAUGCAGAAAUACGUCAUGUUUUAGAAUGCCUAGAUCUCGACAAAGUCGAAGAGUUGCCACUUGCUUUCCGCAUAGUAGCCAAUGAGCUUUGCCGUUGCGAUGACGUUCUCUUGAGAACCAACAGAAUCGUAAUACCUACGGUUUUACGAGAGCGGAUAUUACGUGUUGCUCACGAGGGACAUAUCGGGACACGCAUGAUGAAAUCGCAUCUACGGAGUGCUGUAUGGUGGCCAAAAAUGGAUGUAUCGGUGGAAGAGUUUGUUAAACGAUGUCGUUCUUGUACUUUGGUUGCUGCUCCUGAACCGCCCACACCGAUGGUCCGUAAAGAAAUGCCUUAUGGACCCUGGGAAGAAAUAGCGGCAGAUUUCUUGGGACCACUACCGAACGGUCAAACGCUUUUUGUCGUUGUUGACUAUUAUAGUCGCUUCAUUGAAGUAUGUAAGAUAACGCAGACUACUGCAAGAGAAACCAUUCUGCAACUUUCUAGAAUUUUCACCAGAUACGGUGUACCAUUGACUUUGCGUGCUGACAACGCUCCACAGCUGAAUACAGUCUGUGAAGAAAUCAAGGUUUUCUGUGAAGAUAUGGGAAUAAAGUUGAUAAACACAAUACCCUACUGGCCACAGCAAAACGGUAAGGUUGAGCGACAAAACCGUUCCAUACUGAAAAGGUUAACGAAUGCUCAGGAAUUGGGGCAAGAUUGGAGAAGAGUUUUGGACCAAUAUAUAUUGUCGUACCAUUCAACUCCGCAUCCGACCACUGGCCGCUCUCCAUUUGACCUAAUGUUUGGAAGGAGGGUACGCAACAAACUUCCCCAAAUUCCUCGCGAAGUGCACUGUGACGAAGCAGUUAGUGAUUUUGACCGAACACAAAAAGAAAAAGGUAGGAUCUAUGCAGAUCACAAACGGAAAGCUCGUAGAAGUGACAUCGAGGAAGGAGAUAAGGUAUUAGUCAAACGGUUUAGAAAUGGGGCUGAUGUGACAUUGCGAUGUCUGGAAACUGGUAAAGAGUACCGCCGCAAUGUGGCACAUCUUAAGAAGUUACCAGAUUUAUCACCAGCGACUGAAUCGACCAACGAGAGUGCACCGAUCCCAAGACUUUCGCUAGAGGAUGGAUUGCAUCAGGAUUCCGAGAACGACCGACAAUCGAACAUUGAAGGACAUACAGAGGACAAUGAAUCAUACGAUAGAAGGCAACAAGUGAAACGCAGCAGGAAGGAGCCCAACAAAUUCAAGGACUAUCUUCCGCACUGA